AAAGCACAGGGGCACGUAGGGAGAGCAGGGUGGCCCAAGACGCUGGGCCACUGGGAGCCGAGCGCGCGACCCCAGCUGGAAGUCGGAGCUAAGGUUGCAGCGCUCCGGCAAAACGCGCUAGACGAGGUCGUUAAAAGAUUUCCCCCUCUGGAAAAUCGCCAGGGAAAAGUGGUGAAAAAGGAAGCCGGGAGGGCCCUAGUCUCGGGAGUCUAUGAGGAGCCCAACCCCCGGACCUAAUCCCGCAGGGAGACGAGCGAGGUAAGCUAGCGCAGAAGCCAAGCCAUUCUAGCUCCAAGGAAAGGGAGCGGUUUUUGCCGCAGGAAGAACCUAGGUCUGGAAGCCUCGCGAGAUCUGGGGGUCGGGAUCACGUUGCGUUGCCUAGCGACAGCAAGGACGCUCGUGGGACCCCCGGCUAAACCCCGCUGUAGCCUUAAAUCUCCUACCAUGGGGGAAGAAGGCGGCGGCGGCAGCUGUGGGACCACUAGGGAGCUGCAGAAGCUGAAGCAGCAGGCGAUGGAGUACUACCGGGAGAACGACGUUCCGCGCAGGCUGGAAGAGCUGCUCAACUCCACCUUCUACCUCCAGCCUGCCGACGUCUACGGGCACCUGGCAAACUGCUUUUCUAAACUUGCAAAGCCUCCCACCAUAUGCAAAAUAGUGGGGAAAGACGUACUGGAUGGACUGGGGCUUCCAACCCUGCAAGUGGACAUAUUCUGCACCAUUCAAAACUUUCCUAAGAACAUAUGUUCUGUGGUAAUCUCGACUCACUUUGAAGUCCAUGAAAACGCUCUGCCAGAGCUGGCUGAGGCGGAGGAGGCAGAGAGGGCCAGCGCGGUCAGCACCGCCGUGCAGUGGGUCAACAGCACCAUUACGCACGAGCUCCAGGGGAUGGCACCCUCUGAUCAGGCAGAGGUGGAUCACCUCCUCAGGAUAUUCUUUGCAAGUAAAGUACAAGAAGAUAAGGAGAGAAAAGAAUUGGAAAACAGCCUGGAAUGCUCAGCAGUGCCUACACUUCUACCUCCAGUACCACCGCCACCACCCCCUCCACCUCCUACCAAAAAAAAGGGGCAAAAGCCAGGGAGGAAGGAUACUAUUACGGAGAAACCUAUUGCACCUGCAGAGCCUGUUGAGCCUGUGCUCAGUGGCAGUAUGGCCAUAGGGGCCGUGUCACUAGCUGUUGCCAAAGCCUGUGCCAUGCUGCUUAAUAAACCUCUGUACUUAAAUAUCGCUCUAUUGAAGCACAAUCAGGAACAGCCAAUGCUAUUUAUGCCUUUGCUGAUGGUAUCGCUGGUCAGCUGUGGGAAGUCAUCAUCUGGGAAGCUAAAUUUAAUGAAAGAAGUGAUUUGUAUACCCCAUCCUGAAUUAACAACCAAACAAGGGGUCGAGAUGCUUAUGGAAAUUCAGAAACAUAUCAACAAAAUAAUUGAAAUGCCCUCUCCUCCAAAAGCAGAGACAAAAAAAGGGCAUGAUGGAAGCAAAAGAGGUCAACAGCAGAUCACUGGCAAGAUGUCCCACCUUGGUUGUUUAACCAUUAACUGUGACACCAUAGAACAGCCACUGCUUCUAAUACAGGAAAUCUGUGCAAACCUGGGGCUAGAACUGGGAACAAAUCUGCAUCUAGCUAUCAACUGUGCUGGACAUGAGCUGAUGGACUACAGUAAAGGAAAGUAUGAAGUGAUCAUGGGCACGUACAAAAAUGCAGCAGAGAUGGUUGACCUGUAUGUGGAUCUGAUCAACAAGUACCCUUCAAUUAUUGCCUUAAUUGAUCCUUUCAGGAAGGAGGACUCUGAACAGUGGGACAGCAUCUAUCACGCACUUGGUUCCAGGUGUUACAUAAUUGCAGGAACUGCAUCCAAAAGCAUUUCCAAACUUCUAGAGCACGGAAACAUCAGCAUCCCCAAAUCCAAUGGGCUGAUCAUAAAACACACAAACCAAACUACAAUGUCUGACUUGGUGGAAAUAACCAAUCUGAUUGACAGUAAGAAGCACAUCACAGUCUUUGGAAGUACAGAAGGAGAAUCAUCUGAUGACAGCCUUGUCGAUUUGGCUGUUGGGCUUGGUGUCCGGUUUAUCAAGUUGGGGGGUCUUUCCCGUGGUGAACGAGUGACUAAAUACAACCGCCUUCUCACUAUAGAGGAAGAACUUGUCCAGAAUGGAACACUGGGUUUCAAUGAAGAACGCACUUUUUUUUACUUUAAUGAGGAAGCUGAAAAGGCUGCAGAGGCACUUGAGGCUGCUGCGGCUAGGGAGCCGCUGGCACCCACCUUCCCCACACAAAGUGUAGAGGAAUCAGCCGAAACAGGAGCAUCCUCUGGAUAGGGCUGUACACACCCCAGGUUCCAGCCACACCGUCAGUAUUAGUAGACCGGGAGGUCUGAUGUAUGGCGCUGUGUCUCCACAUCGAGUUUCCUCUUCAACUUCACCAACUCCUGUGGUUUUUAUUCUUCUAAUUCCACUGUUUGGUAAAUUACAUAUAUGGUGUUCUUGCUUGAAAUUCUAUCUGUGAACUUUGUUUUGCAGCCACCACACUUCCAUGCAGAUUUUGUCUUUUAGCUCUCCUGUCCGUUUUUCAGGGGCACGCUCCAGUAAAAGAGGCCAAUAUUUUUGUUGUCAACUCCACACUCAAUCAAACACCCCAUCCUUUACCAAUCAGAACAUCUCUGAGAACAAAAACCUAAUGACCCUAGCAGCUCUCUGUGCUGGGAACAGAUGUCCAUCUUCUGUGUUUACUCUACAUGUCUGUGCUGAAAAGCACCGACACAUUUUUGUAGCCAACCUCACGCAGAAGUGCGAGAGCGUCACUAGUUUUUGUAACAGCCAAACAGUUUCAUCUCACUUUCCUACCCUUAAUUCCCUUUUCCCUAAUUCCCUCUUCUUUUUAAAUUUUAGUUUUUCUUGUAUUAUUUUUAUCUUUGUGAGUCUUCUUAGAUCCUUUUUGGAGUAAGAAUGAGUAUAAAUGAAUAAGCACAUCAGUAAAUGAAUAAAUAUUCUCAAGGUUAUUAAAUGCCCAGUUAUUUAUACUACAGCAUUUAAAAAGCAAUCCGCGAUUAAAAAAAAAAAAAAAUGAUGUGACAUAUCCGUCCCCUGCAUUGCCUCUUUUGUAAGCCAGUGUUGGGAUUAUAGCAGAGGAGUAG